AUGAAAAAGAUGAACCCAAGAGUUCAAAGCCUCAAAUUCCUUUCCUCAACAAGAAGAACCGAAAGGAAAUAUAUGCUGUUGUUUUUUAUUAUUCUCUCAUCAGUACUGACCAUUCUACUCUCACCACUACAAGCAACCACCAUCACUACCACUACUACUGCUAACCAUCAUCACUACUCUAACCCUGAAAAUUCUCCUCUCACUCACCUCUCCGAUCAUCAUCUGCUUUUUCCAAAUCUCCGAAUAGCACAAUACAACGACCCAUCCCCAUCAAAUAAUAAUUCAAAUAAUAACUCGGAGGAUCCUAGUUAUGACUAUCCAAUAUGGAUUCCAUGGGUUUUGUGCGGCUCACUGUUCUUCAUUAUAUUUAUCAUUUCUACCAUUGCUAUUUGUUUAUUUGCUUCAAAAAAAGAGAGAGGAUUGAUUUAUAUGAUUAUUUCUAUAUUUGGAGUUUCUAUAAUUGCUUUUUGUUUAUUUGUUAUUCCAGUCGACAUUUUCAAUGUGUCACACACGUUUGAUCCUAGAGAAAAUUCUCUAGCUAUUAAGAUCAUUUAUUAUUCAUGUUAUCUAGUUCUUUUAAUAUUCGGAUCCAUAAUCAUACCUUUUGCUUAUUUUUGGUAUGAAGAGAAUCCAAGACUUGGAGAGAGUGAUGAUGAUGAGGAAGAUACUGAUUACAAAUAUUCUCUCACACCAUCAAAAGCAUCAAUUAGUAGAAAUCAAUGUGGUUGGCGAUUAUUCCACACAAUGAAAUAUACUAUAUUUACCCUAGUUGCUGGUAUUUUAAUAAUUAUACUUGGUCUAGUAUUAUCAGCAGUGAGUGGAAGAGUGGAUGAUAAACAUGAUAUCACAGACUGGUUAAAACAAUUAAUUGAUGUUGAACAUUUUGGUGAUCGUGCUAUAAGAUUCAUCAUUGGUUGUCUGGCAGUGGUUGGAUGUAUUGGAUUUAAUAUUUACACUGCUUAUGGACUUUCAGCUCUUCCCAUAGGAUUUAUGAAGAGAAAACACAUUACCUACAGAGAUGAAGCUUCUGUACAUUCGAGAAUCGAUGAAAUCGAUGAAAAAAUCGAUUUACUUCAAAAAAAGUAUAAAAUGAAAGGAACAUCAAUGAAUCGAACGGAUCAAAAGAUAUAUGAUCAAUUGAGAGAAGAGAAAACAGAACUCACUAAUGCAUCCAUUAGAAUUGAGAGAUCCAAGAAGAGUUUUAUUGCAAAAAUCGAGCCAUGUAUUUAUCCAUUUAAGGCAUUGAUUGGAUUUAUUUUAUUGGUUGUUGUACUCUUUAUAAUGGUUUCCUUAAUCAUUAAUUUAAUCUAUCGAACAGUGAAAAGCAAGUGCGGAAUUGCUUGUGGAUUUGUUACUGAAGAGAAUUGCAAUUUCAAUCCUCUCGAUUUAUUAUUAACCUAUAGCUCGAUCAUCUUUCCAAUUGAUUACAUUAUUUUAGGUUUAAUUAUUAUUCUCUUUUUAUUGGCAAGUAUGACUGCACUCUCUACCAUUGGACUUCGAAUACUUUGUAUCAAACUAUACAAACUGAAAUUGAGAUCGACUCUUCCUCAAGGUCUCUUAACCAGUUGUAUCUUCCUCAUGUUCAUUAUGCUUUGCACCUCAUUCAUGUUACCAAGUUUUGCUCCAAUUUACACAACUUUUGGAUCACAAAAAUAUCAAGAUCCAAUAACAAGAGAAUGGAAACAGUGUGCUCUUGCAGCCUUUAAUAACACAAAUAUUCAUAAGAAUGCAACCUUAUGGAGUGUUGUCGAGAAGGAUCAAGUGUUGGAUCAUCAAUCUAAAGCGCUUCCUUCACUAUUACAAGAUUACAGAUUAUUAUUCACAAUUGAGAAUGACACUUCUGGUAAUUUUACCAAUUCUACAAGACCAUGUUUCAUGUCUGAAUUAUCUCAAAAUGUGAACAGUAUGAGUGUGGGUAUUCCAGUUUUUAGUAUCAUUUUUUACUUUGAAAAUUGGCUCUUCAUUUUGUGCUUUGUGAUUGGAUUUUUUGUUUCCAUCUUUAGAAAAGCACCGUCCUUUGAAGAAGAGGACACAUACGACCAUGAUGAAGAGAUUAUGAAACGACCAUUACGAGGAAGAUCCUACAAAUCUUAUGCCAGUGGUGAACAUCAUUCUGACAGUGAAUCAACUCGAUCAUUGCAAUCCUAUAGAGCUAUCAAUUAA